GGAAAGGCCCGGGCCGCAGCACCGCCCUGCCUCGGCUGGGGUUUGGCGCCAGCCCCGCCCGCAGUCUCGACUGGCGCUCCUCCUGCACGGUUUCACCUCCGCUUUCCCCCCUUUUUAAAGCACUUCUUUGGCCGCCCUGCCGCGAGCAUGGGUCCCUUCGGCGAGCCGCAAAGAGAUCUUUCUAUAAAGAAGAACUUCAAAAGAUUCCGAAACGUGAAACUGAUUUCCAUGGAAACCUCAUCAUCCUCUGAUGACAGUUGUGACAGUUUUGCUUCUGAUAAUUUUGCAAACACAAAACCCAAAUUCAGGUCAGAUAUCAGUGAAGAACUGGCAAACGUUUUUUAUGAGGAUUCUGAUAAUGAAUCAUUCUGUGGGUUUUCAGAAAGUGAGGUUCAAGAUAAAAUGGGGAAUUGUGGAAUUUUUCAGAAACCCAAAUUCAGGCCAGAUAUCACUAAAGAACUGGCUAAUAUUUUUCUUACGGACUCUGAUGAUGAAUCCUUCUGCGGUUUUUCAGAAAGUGAGAUACGUGAUGGAAUGAAACUGAAAUCACAUGAUGAAAGGAGGAGGACAAGGAGUCAGAUGAAGCACCCAGCUCCUUUGCGAGUCGCCCUGAAGUUUCCCAGUCGAGAUACAAAGGGGAAGAACAGAGAUAAACCAUCCCGCCCCAAAUCACCAGUGCCUAGUGUGUCACACUCUGAUUCUGAUUCAGAAGAUGAGAAAGGAUCCAGCUUUUUGGAGAAAAGAGCUUUAAACAUAAAAGAAAACAAGGCAAUGCUUGCAAAACUAAUGUCAGAAUUACAAAGCAUCCCUGGUUUGUUCACUGGGAGAAGAUCACUGUCAUGUGCUAGUCCAUCAAAGCCAGUUUCCAGGCGUUCAUUCCCAAGAGGUCCUUCACGGAGGAACCCUGAACGAAGCACUCGUCCUCACACCAGAUCCAGGUCUCUAAUUGAUGGCCCCCCAACUCCUCCACCAGAAGAAGAGGAUUUUGAAGAUAAAUACAGCUUAGUGAGAAAGAGGAAGACAAUAGAUGGAUACUUGGAGGAAGAUCAAGGACCUCGAAGGGGUCGCCCGGGUACCAUGACCCUUCCUCACAUUGUGCGUCCAGUGGAAGAAAUCACUGAAGAAGAGCUGGAUAACAUCUGCGGCUCCUCCCGGGAGAAGAUCUACAAUCGAUCAUUAGGUUCCACCUGUCAUCAGUGUCGUCAGAAAACAAUCGACACCAAAACCAACUGCAGGAAUCCAGAUUGUUUCGGAGUGCGAGGCCAAUUCUGCGGCCCCUGCCUGCGUAAUCGUUAUGGUGAAGAGGUUAGGUCCGCGUUACUGGACCCAAAUUGGCACUGCCCACCAUGUCGUGGAAUCUGUAACUGCAGCUUUUGUCGACAGCGUGAUGGGCGAUGUGCCACAGGGGUGCUGGUUUAUUUGGCUAAGUACCAUGGAUUUGGAAAUGUCCACGCUUACUUGAAGAGUCUGAAACGUGAAUUUGAAAUGGAGGCCUAAAGUUGACGGAGGACGUUGCUGGCACCUUUCUGAUUUCUACCACGAUCUGCCUUCCUUGUUAAACUUGUCUGAUCAUGGGCUGUUAAAGGUUCAACAAUUUCAGAAUUUAAUCCUGAUAAGUAUUUUUUUUUGCUAAGGACAACAUAGAGAAAAUGAACUGAAUCAAAAUGAUCAGGCUACAGUCCCUUAUUAAUCUAAGCUCCAGAGGCUUUUUCAGUAAUGCCUUUGGUUAGGUAUAGUCUGUGCCUUUAAUUCUCUAAAAUAUGAAAUAUAAAACCAAAAUUUUAUGAAAUUUAUUCAACCUUAAUGCAUCAGUAUUUGGGACACAUUGUGGAGCCUCAUUAAUUUGGGUCCUAGGGUGCCGAAAUACUUAGCAUUUGGCCCAGGUGUUAAUUGAGCACUAAAAUUUCUAUACAGCACUAGAAAAUGCUUAUGGGUAGUAUUCACAAUGGAAACUAACUGCGCUAAAUUCCAUAGAAGCCCUCUCUUUAGUCCCCUUAUUUGUAUGUGUGGACAUGAAUAUCUACAUACUGGUAUUUGUAGCCAGCGAUGCUUUGUGACCAGAGAUAGAUAUGCUUUCAAGGGGCAACAGUCCUAGAAUUAUGUCAUAAAGUGGUGUGCUCCUGGAAUUUGGUGGAAUUUGGGCUUUUCAUCUGCUGGCCUUAGUGGCUCCUUGGCAUUCAAUAAGACUUCAGAGAGUUUUUUAAUACGAUACUGUUAAAUGAAUGUCUGAAUUGUAGCUAAAGCGGUAACACAAUAGAACUGUAUCACGACAUUAGGUAGGUGUACACUAAUCAACACAAAGAACUGUAUCCUGGGAAUAGAUUGUGUUCAUCUGUAUGGCUGUCUGGAAAUGAGAAGCUCGGUAUCAGAUGGGGAUUGGGACUCAACUUUGGAUUUCCUGAGACGUAGAGUAGAGCCUGCGCACUAGACUAACCUUGGACUUCUAGUGAAAUACUUUAAUGCCCAAGUAUUCCCCCUCUAUGUUCCUUGUCUUGCAAUUUUCUUAACAGAAUAUUGCCAGCAUUUGCCAAAAAAAAUACUGUCAUGUGAAAAUUAGAUAGAGGUGCAGCCUACAUGCUUGGCGUUUUGCUUUCUUAAAUACACAGCCAUGCUUAAUUAUGCCUGCUAGGAAGUGGCUUUGCAGACCAUUAUGCCUUGUGCACAUUAGCUUCCGGUCAUGGCUAGGAGGCUGCUGCGCAUCUACUCCUGCUCCCUGGCCCACACUGUGCCUUACUUCUAGCACCACUGUUUCCAGGUCCUCCGUGCUGCCCCAGACCCCCAGCUGUUCUGGGUAGGGGCUCUUUGAGAUGCCCUUCUGGGAGUGGAAAGCAGCCAGAGCCAAGCUGGAAAGCAGCCAGAGCAAGCGAAGCUUAAUAAUAACAUCAAUUCCCUGGGGGAUUGGGAGUGGGAGGGGAGCAAGCCUAAUUGCCCAACCUAAGGAACUAGCGCCUACCCUCAUGUGAGAGACCUGCCUCAGGCCUGUUACAGGCAGUGUUCUGAGCUGGUCUUCAGAGUUGGGCCUCCAGCACAAUGGGAAGAGCCUUGGAGAUGAGUGAGAUUGAUCAGGAAAUUACUGUUCUUUUCCUCUUGGGAACCGAUAGGUGUUCUCUCUGUCUGUUUUUUAGUAGUAAUAAAAUUAUGCUGGAAUACAGAACAUUAAUGCCUGCUAAGGGUAUACUGUGUCUUUCUGCACGUGGAGUUUCCUCUUGCUGUGUAGUUUUGAAAGAUGCACAUGGGCAGAAACUGUCAUGAAUGAACGUUGUAAAUGGAUCUUUUGUUCAAUAAUGUGCUUAUGUACAAAGUUUAUUUUAAUAAAAAAAAAUUGCCCUGGCUUGUCUCUUUAAUAUU